CAAUACAAAAGUGACUAGCAAUUUGCAAAAGUUGAAAUUCUUGGAAAGAUGAAGUUAUUUACGGGACUAUUGGUUAUCGCUUUAGUAGUCGUCCUCGCUGAAGGACAACGAGGAGGUCCAGGUGGACCAGGUGGCCCAGGAGGACCAGAAGGGCCAGGAGGCCCAGGCGGACCAGGAAGACCAGAAGGGCCUGGUGGUCCAGGUGGCCACCUUGGUGGUGGUCCAGCUCCACCUCCACUUCCAUGCCUACCCUCAAACUCCACUCUCUCUCCUUCGAACUCAACAGCUGCACCCUCAAACUCAACUACCACAACCACAACCACAACUGAGGCACCUUCAAGUAACUCAACAACAUCAACAACAUCUGCUUAAAGGGUGGCUUUCACGCUUUUGAUGGAUGUAUGCAACUAUUAUGGGAAUUCAAAGAUUAUGUAAAUAAAAAAAUAAAAAAUAAAGAAGCACUUUAAAUAAAAGAAA